GGCCCUACCAUCUAAGUCGCUAUGUCAACCAAAAUUAUCAAACAAGAAAACCCAUUAUUUCUUCUUUCCUUGUACUUUCUCCACAUUUUGCCCUAAUAGCCACUACCAAUUUACCAUCAUUCAAUCCAGUUUCAUAACUUGCUUAAUCGGAAACCCGAUCCUUCAAUUGACAGUUGUUAUUGAAUCAGAAUCGAACCCGAUCGAAGAUGUUUACCCGGAUGUUUGGAAAACCUAAGCAAGAGACGAAUGCUCUCACUACUCUUGACAAAUUAAACGAGACUCUCGAGAUGCUUGAGAAGAAGGAAACAGUACUUCAGAAGAAGGCUUAUGCUGAGGUCGAGAAGGCCAAGGAUUUUACAAAAGCAAAAAACAAAAGAGCGGCUAUACAAUGUUUGAAGAGGAAGAGGUUAUAUGAACAACAAAUUGAGCAGCUUGGGAAUUUUCAACUACGCAUCCAUGAUCAGAUGAUACUAUUAGAAGGUGCAAAAGCUACAACAGAAACCGUUGAUGCUUUGAGAUCUGGAGCAGCUGCAAUGAAAGCAAUGCAGAAAGCAACGAAUAUUGACGAUGUGGACAAGACAAUGGAUGAGAUAAACGAACAGACAGAGAACAUGAAGAUGAUUCAAGAAGCUUUGGCUACCCCUAUUGGUGCAGCAGCUGACUUCGAUGAGGAUGAAUUGGAGGCGGAGCUUGAAGAGUUGGAAGGUGCAGAAUUGGAGGAACAACUUCUUCAGCCUGCAACCACAGCCCCUGCUGCUCCAUUACAGGUUUCAGCAGGUGGAGCACCGGCUCGCCCUGCUUCUCAUAAGCCUACAGCUGAGGAAGAUGAACUUGCUGCUCUACAAGCAGAAAUGGCCCUUUAAGCAACGUUUUUCUUUUUUAUUUUACUGGUAAAUUUGAUGUCAUUUCAACUGAUUGUGAAAUUUAAGAACCGGGAUUUUCAACUGGUUGGAACACUCAAUUUCCUACUAUAUUAAAUGUAUAUUAUUUGAGGCAAUUGCUCAAAAUUCCAGAUUAGAAAUUUGUAUUGUCGUGUUUUGUUGCAGAAUCAAAAGUGUGCUGGUAUCUCCAGUUUUCUUCCA